AUCCCUUUCUCUCUCUCUCUCUCUCUCUCUCUCUCUCUCUCUCUUCUUCACGCUCUUGUCAUGGCGAACGAGCGAGAUCUGUUAUCCACGGAGAUCGUCAACCGCGGCAUCGAAUCCUCCGGCCCCAACGCCGGCUCCCUCACCUUCUCCGUCAGAGUCCGCCGCCGCCUGCCGGAUUUUCUCCAGUCGGUGAAUCUCAAAUACGUCAAAUUAGGGUACCGUUACCUGAUCAACCACGGCAUUUACCUGGCCACCGUGCCGGUGCUGGUGCUGGUGUUCAGCGCGGAGGUCGGAAGCCUGAGCCGGGAGGAGCUAUGGCGGAAGCUGUGGGAGGACGCGCGAUACGAUCUGGCCACCGUUCUCUCGUUCUUCGCCGUCUUCGUCUUCACUCUCUCCGUUUACUUCAUGUCGCGCCCUAGAUCUAUCUAUCUUCUUGAUUUUGCAUGCUUCCGCCCUUCCGAUGACUUCAAGGUAUCGAAGGAGGAAUUCAUAGAAGUAGCAAGAAAAUCAGGGAAAUUCGACGAGGGAAGCCUAGAGUUCAAGAGGAGGAUUCUAGAAUCAUCGGGAAUCGGCGAUGAAACCUACAUUCCAAAAUCGGUGAUCGCCUCCGCCGACAACUGCGCCACCAUGAAGGAGGGCCGGGCGGAGGCGUCCGCCGUCAUGUUCGGCGCUCUCGACGAGCUCUUCGAGAAGACUCGGAUUCGCCCAAAGGACGUCGGAGUUCUGGUCGUCAAUUGCUCCAUCUUCAAUCCGACGCCGUCGCUCUCCGCCAUGAUAAUCAACCACUACAAGAUGAGGGGAAAUAUUCUGAGUUGUGGGUGGUGGCAAAUGGCAUGCAGGUGCGUGUACCAGGAAGAAGACGAACAAGGAUUCAAAGGCCUAAAAGUCAGCAAAGACCUGAUGGAAAUCGGCGGCGAAGCUCUCAAAACCAACAUCACCACACUCGGUCCUCUGGUCCUACCCUUCUCCGAGCAGCUCCUCUUCUUCGCCACCCUGGUCUGGCGCCAAUUCUUCUCCUCCUCCUCCGGCAGCGGAGGCGGCCUGAACCCGUCAAAGAAGCCAUACAUUCCAGACUACAAGCAAGCAUUCGAGCACUUCUGCGUCCACGCAGCCAGCGAGGGUGUGCUGAAGGAGCUGCAGAGGAACCUAGAGCUGAGCGACAGGAACAUGGAGGCCUCCAGAAUGACGCUGCACCGGUUCGGCAACACGUCGAGCAGCAGCAUAUGGUACGAGCUGGCUUAUUUGGAGGCCAAAGACAGGGUCAAUACUGGAGAUCGGAUUUGGCAGCUGGCCUUUGGGUCUGGCUUCAAGUGCAAUAGCUUGGUUUGGCGCUCCAUGCGGCGUAACCGCAAGCCAGCCACCAGCCCAUGGCUCGACUGCGUCGACAGAUACCCGAUUCCCUUCUGAGCAUUCUCACAACCCCAUGAAGGCUUGUUUGUUAAAGAACUAAAGUUCUAUAGUCAACUUAGAUUUUGCUAAUUAAGGAAGUAAACACUUUCUAUCUGUUUGCAAGCUGUUACAUUUGCGUUCUAUAAUAUAAAGGUGUCUUUGUGUUUCCAUUGUCAACAAGUUCGGAUUGGAUAUCUGGUUUUUGCUUGGUUAGUUAUCACAUUUUCGAACUGGAUGUAAUUCUUCAAUGGUUAUGAGAUUGGGAACUCCUUUUUUUGUA